GAACAGCCUUGAAAAUGAACCAGGAAAGUUGCAGGUGAUGCAAAGGUCUCUAUACUCAACUUGAAAUCUAUGGCGCAGACUGUGUAUCUCUGUAAACAAUGGUCAGUUGUCAAUGAACUAUCACAGCCAUCGAAAAGGUGAGAUCUUUCAGAAGCAAAAAUAAUUACCAUUUUCGAGAGUUGGUGCCAAGGUGGGCAUGGUCGUUGUAACAUCCUGAGUGCAGCUGUCAUGAUCUCCGAUCUUUGACAUCUCCGGUCAGCUGACAAAGAACAGAUGCCAGCCAUAAAACGGGCCAGCCAUAAAACCUCAAUGACCCUCUGGUAUGUGAGAGCCCCUAUAUAAAUGGGCCAAAGAGAAGGUUCUGGUAUUCUGUACGAUAAAACCUGUUGGAAUCUACCAGCGUGUGUCUUGGUGCUUUUUCUGGUGGAAGACUGACCCACAGCACAACGGGGAGAAGAGAACCCAACAACAUGGUUGCCUCCCUGUACAAGAUGGAAGCCUUACUGGAACAAGGCCACUAUGAGGAAGUCGUGAGUCAAUGUAACUCUCUGGUUGGCUCACACCAUGAUAUGGAGUUGGUCCUCAUGAGAGCGUUGGCCUCCGUGUUGUCAAAGACAAAUGUGCAAAAGGGUGUCAUGGACUAUCUUCAUGUGUUUAUGAGACAUCGGGACAAGACGGUAUCGUUCGUAAGUGGUCGGCAAAAGCAACACUUGCAGAAGGUCACUCGCGCCUUCUUGGACUUCGUCUCGCUUGGGGAAAAUAGUAACCGUAUCCUGGAAAACUGUUAUGACUUUCUUAUUGCCGUCGCACCAAAGGACUUCCAGGUCUACCAGACCUACGCCACUCAUCUUUUGGAAAAACAACACUAUAAAGAGUGUGUAUCUGCGUAUAGUAAGGCUUUGGAGUUAUUGUCAACCAAUGAUGGAACGUGGAGUGACAGAGCUCCUGUUCUUCUCAUAGGCAGAGCGGUCGCAAACCUUUCCUUAGGCGGGAAAGUGCCAGAGGUGAUGAAAGACUUGACGGCAGCCUUUGAGGCGAGUCCGAGUUGGGCAAAGAGAUGGUUUGAGGAGCUUUUCUCAGCUGGAGAUAUCAAGAACGUAGUAAAAAUGGCCAGAGAAGCUCUGGAGGAAGGGUUUGCGUCCUACAGAGAAGCGAUCCGGGCCCGGCUCGAAGUCCGAAGUGAUGGCAACAAAGGUCUACUCUCCAUAGUCAUCUCCACUCUUCAUUUCCUCCUCCAGAUUUCUCCAAGACCCCGGCGGGAACUACAUGUUCGACUGGCGGACUGUUACGUCUUGAAAGGCGAUAUCGAGAACGCCUUGGAAAUCUGCAACCGGCUUCUGGACUCCGAGGAGACCUACAACAACACGCUCCUCGCCCUCCGAGGAUUUUGUCAUCUUCACGCCAAAAGAUCUCAAGAGGCCCUUCGGGAUUUCCAAAAGGUCAUCGAACACGCUUCUCCGCAUCCUGUCAGUUGUGUCAAGGCUCUCUGUGGACGUGGAUUGAUCCGGGCUUGGGACGGGAGGACUUACUGCACCGCCCUGGACUACAUCACUGCGUGUGGGCUGAGAUCUGAGGAAACCAGCUUCGUCAUCAAGUCUUACAUACCGUGGAACCAAAGAGGCUUCCUUUUGAUAGUUCUCCAAGAGGAAGCCCAGAAGAUCUUAGAAAAGAAUACAUUCAGCAGGUUGAGUGGAAUCCAGUUGAAGGAAAGGAAUGCCUCUUCAGCUCACCAGCUGGCUUUUCUCCUGUUGGACCUGGAUGCUUCCAACGAAGCAUCCCGGAUCUUAUGUGCCGACGCACUCUAUCAGAUGGAUCAAACAAACGAAGCUCAGAAGAUCCUUCUGGUAGCGCUCUCCAAAACUUCCCAGAAAUCGGCUGUCCUAUCCAGGCUGGCUCUGCUUCAGUUGAAAAAAGGCUUUGUGUACGAUUGCAACCAGCUAUUGAAGAAGAUUGCCCAAGGUGGAGAGAUAUCCAGUUUCUUUGCUGUGGUGAACAUUCUGAAAGAUGAGGACAAAGCCUUAAUGCGGAGACACUGCCAUUCAAGAGCGAUGACAGUUCUGAAGAAUAAGCAAGGCGUUGGCUACAUCAAAGAAGCCAUCAUCUACCUUUCCUUCGCCAUCUCUGCCGCAGGUGGUUAUGCUGUUGAUUCACUCCUCGCCCGAGCCCGUUGUUACGGACAACUCGGCCAAAAGAAAACGGCUAUAUUUGAUUUCAGUCUUGCCCUGAAAGAAGACCCUACAAAUGCUCAGGUGCUUUGCGGAAGAGGGUUCAUUCAUUUGGCCCUGAACCAGGAAAAGGAAGCUGUGCGAGACCUGACUGCAGCCAUCAAAGCCGACUCCGUUUUGGCCGUUGCGGAAAUCCUCUCCCUGAAGCUGGAAGCCCAACUGCUGAUGCACCAGUGGUUGCUUUCUCGCUGCAGGGAGGCGCUGCUGGGGUUUGAAGCUCACAAAAAGCCGGCCUGUGGGGAGAUUCUGAAAGAUUGCGCCCUUGUGGCAGAAGCCCUUGUGAAAAUAAACAAGAAAGACACACAAAAUCACGCCCUCUACGUGGAUCUCUUAACAGCUGAUGGGAGACAUGAAGAAGCCCUGACUUACUUGGAGGAGACAUUUGGCAAGACUGGACCUGACGAUGCCAUCAACUCUCGCUUUGGCUUGCUUCAGGCCAAGAAGAGAAACACAACCAACGCAGCCCACAUUUUGGCAAGUUUAGCCACCAAGAACUCUGAAGAGCUGGGGUACCUUCUGAACUUCUUGGACAUCAAGCAGCGAGAAAACCUUUCUCAGGUAGCAUCGAAAGAAGGAAAUGCUUUGGUGAAAAAGCAAUGCCACGAAAAGGCCGUAGGUUACUACUCCCUGGCCGUCUUGGCAAGUAACAACAAUCCUCGGUACCUUCGCCAACGGGCUGCUUGCCUCUCCAACCUCCAAGACUACAAGGAAGCUUUGAAAGAUAUGAACCAUGUUGUCCAAAACCACGGGACAAAUGCCCCAAGGACACGGGUCAAGGACUAUUGCUUCCUGGGGCACCUACUCUUGUCCGUUUCGGAAGAGGAACAAGCAGUUAAGCAGUACAUCAGAGCCUUCGAACUGGAAGAGACUUUGACUCUGGCCAACAUCUCGACUGGUCCGAAUACAGAGAUAGUAUCCAAAGCAUUUCUCGACACUGCGGAGUCUUGCUUUGCAAUGAGACAUUACGAGGAAGCCUGGAAGACCGCCGAGUAUGGCCUGAUGGUCGACCCAAACAACCACGAACUUAAGAAACUUAAAACAAGGAUUAAGCGGGAGGCAUGUGGCUGCAGGGUUCAAUAAUCCAUUAUUGAAACCACUCCUUUUUGUUUAUUUACGACGGAUAAACGAACACAAUUGCGACAUUCGAUAUGGUGAUGCCCAGAAAUGAGCUGCAAAAAAAUUAUCAAAUUUCCUAAUUAAAAUGUUCCGCAACUCAUUUUUGGGUAUUGCCAUACAGUAAGGGAUUUACAAGUUGCAAUCCUUGAACAAAGAAAUUACAAACACCUAUAUGGAAUUAGAUUUGUGGAUUUUAUUCCAUUAGUAACGGUAUGUAAAUAAUAGUGUCAUCACACACUAUUAAGACAGAGUCCUGAACAAGUAACAAAAGGAAUCUUCUCAGAGUUUUGAACAUGGGUUAACGGACUUUUAGUAAGUAGAUGAAUUGUUUAUAUACACCAACGCUUAACCAACCGUUGUAAAGAUCUGUAUAAUAUAACAUAAUAAUAACACUUUAUUUAUAUUCCGCCCUAUCUCCCCAACAAGACUUCCUCCUUCCUUUUUGGUCGCCGGCAUUUUAUGGUGUCAUAAAAUAUUUCCCCAGCUUAAUUAGCGGUACCUAAUUUCUCUACUUACAGCUCUAAGCUGUUUUCGAGCUGCUUAGUAUAGUGAGCUGGGCUUGUUGGUCGAGUGCUCACCCCGACCAGGGUUCGAACCGGCCACCUUUCGGUCGGUAGAUCUUAUUAGUGCUGGUGAUUGUUAUAUCCCAGCUACCUUUGGCCCCUGUACCUGACCCUGGGUUCGCCUUUGACCAGGAUGAAGAAUAUGUUGAUAUUUCUCCGAGUCAGCAAGACCCGAUGAAUUUGCAGCUGCCACUUGCAGCUCUAAUUGAAAGGGAAAGUGUUGUGGAUAACUCUACUCCCUUGCCAGAUGUCUCUAGCUCGCCGGAGUCUGUGUCCUUCAACCGGAAAGAGUAUCUAAACAAGCAGAGAUCUGAGAAACAAGCGCGGAGAAGAAGUGCCCGCUUGGCUGAGCGUGGAGACUCUCUCUAGAAGCCUUUCCCUUGGGAACUUUUGGGGGGAGACUCUGCACUUCAAUAAAAGUUUCGCUCCCAGUAGUUUUCCUUGCAGUGUAAACGUUGCUUACUACUAAGAAGGUUCAUCGUCUCCAGUUUCCUGCUCCUCCACCCUAGUGGCUAACAGUUGCCGCAACUCACGAGUAGACCCGGAUUUAGGUCUACUUUCCUGUUUUUUCGUGAACCAAGAUUUAUUUCCAUGAUAUCAAGUUCCUGCCUCGCUGCUAAGAACUAUUCUUGAACCUUUUGGACCUUGCUCAUCUGCCUAGCUUGCUGACUUAUUUCCCCACUCCAGGGCUUCAUCAGUUUUGGAGUAUGUUUCGGUUUUUGGACUUUGGACUCUAAUACUGGACAUAUUCCUGGACAUUUCUGGUCUAUCUUAUACUUUUUCUUAAAGGGCUAUUGCUUGCUCAACUUUUCCACUAAUUCAUUUUGGAAUUAUUUUUUGCUUUAAUAAAGAUAUUAAAAGAA